AUGGCAACGGGAUUUCGUAGGGCUUGUGUUUUCCUCUAGGUUUCUAAAGUAAAAUAGAAAAGAAAAUGCUGUAGCGAUUUUACGUUUUCGUUAUAAAGUAAUGUUACAAGUUAAAAAUAAGUUUUAAAAAGUUAAUCAAGUAUACCUUAAACUAAAUACAUCACAAAUCUGAAUAUAAUACAUUUUAACAGUAUUAUUUGUCUUUCGGUAAAUAUUAGUCAUUUUUUGUAUUUAUUACAUUUGAGAAUGACAUCGUAUACAGCACCUGUAGCAGGCAGUCAUUCCGAAGAAGGGACAUUCUACAGGAAUUGCAGAGCGGCGUAUGUGGCUGUUUUUAGAUCUAGUUUAGUGAAUAUUUCUUCCAAGGAGGAGCUAUGUUUGGUCCUGCAGCAGGCUGGGCGGAAUCCUUCUCGGAAGGUUCUCGGCAAGUACUGGACUCCACGAACUACCAAGCUGAAUUUUGACGAUUUCUGUGAAAUACUUAAAAAGGAAAAACCGACAGAAGAAAGUGACCUUAUCAAGGCCUUCAGAACGAUAGACCUAAACAGUGAUGGAUACGUGACACACAGUGAACUUUUCAAAGUCUUAACCUCUAGGGGUGAAAAGAUGAGUCCCGAGGAAGUCAACAGAAUUUUUUCUGUAGCUGAUACCAGUCGUGAUGGGAAAUUAGACUAUAGUGAGUUUUGCAGGUUGAUAAUGUCAACUUCCAACCAGUGUCAUAGAGCAGCACUGGAGAUACUUGAGGCCGAUAUUCAGUCGAAACGUCAGAAUUUGGGCAGUGAAUCAGGGAGGUCUCCAAAGAGCUUGUUGUCCCAAGUCGUUAGCCCAGCAGAAGGAACUUCCCAGAAAACGGGACAGGAGACCACUCCAAGAAAAGAAAACAGAUCUGCACAUCCCCCUUCGGCUCGAGGCCGGAGAUCAUCAGUGUCUUCCACAUUCACAAUGGGAGCAAGUAGUACAAGAAGUGGGAAGUUAAUUGAACCAAAAUCUCUUCAGGAGUGGCAUCACAUAAGUUCAAAGGGCUGUUUCUUUCUUGAAGAAGAUGGUGGAAUUCCAUCUCUGCAAUACAGACUUCACAUCCCACAGACAUCAGUGGUUUAUCUUACCAUUAAACCGCUGAACCUCAGCUAUACAGAAGAGAAGCCUUCUCCUUGGAUGACAGUAGACACUGCUCUUUUUCUUGUAACUGCAAAUGAAAAAAAAGAAGAUUCAAAUCUCGUGUGUUUUACAGAUGCCCGGGACAAAGAGACGUUUGGAUGGAAAGGGGAACUAAGUGCUGGAGUUUAUUACUUACUGCCCUUCACCACCGGCUGCAGAUUGAAGAAGAGGAAAAAGCCUGUUAAUAAGCAAGUUCAACUUGUUUACCGGACUGACAGUGGUGAACUGGCACUUACCAAGGAGUUUAAGACAGCUCUCUCUGAUAUCUUUGAAGUGAUCGAUUUGGAUGGGAAUGGCCUCCUCAGUCUGGAAGAGUAUAAUUUCUUUGAGCAAAGAACAAGUGGAGAGAAAUGUGACGAAGAAGCCUGGGCUGUUUGCAGAGAAAAUUUUGAUACCAAGAAGAAUGAGCUAACAAGACAGGGCUUUAUGGAACUGAAUUUAAUGGAAGCCACUGACCGUGAAGGAGAUCCUGCAGACCUGUGGAUCACUCUGGAAUCAAUGGGUUACAACAGGGCCCUUGAAAUGGUAGAGGCAUGUCCUUUUAUCAUCAAUGUGUAUUCAGAGGAAUGCAAACCUACAGUGAAACCAGUCAGUUUGGACUCUGGCAGUAAAAUCCUGAACACGGCUGUAUACAGAUCAGUAAUUGCCAAGGGGGAGGCCAAACCAAUUAAAGGCUAUGAAAAUAUAAUUAUCUAUACAUACAAGAGUGACAUGAGAAUUUCAUCAGUUAUUGCAAAUAAGUCCAAUAGUAAAGUGACAGUCCAUGUCAACAAUGAGCAGAGUAAGAACUGUAGCAGCAGCAGGGGCAUGAAUGUCUUUGCUGUCGAAGUUCCACCAAGAACCAAAGUGGUCUGCCAACAUGUUAUGCCAGUGAACGAAAGGCAAGAGUGGACGUACAACUGUGUUGAAAGCAUUUUGCCUUAAUUUGACACAAGAAUGGAUCUAAUAUCUUUAUAUGCUCCUUACACUUAUUUAAAUUAAGUUAAAAACAGGAAUUUCAUAUUUCCUUUAUUUUGACUGGGACUAUUGUGUAAGUUAAGAAAAAGACAAGAGUACCCUUUAGCUUUCAGCUGAGCUUCAGUGUUACUCUGGCCUGGGAUUUGAGUUUGAUGUUUCAUGUAUUUAUGAUGUGCAAUUUUCGAAAUCUAAUUCAAUCUGCUAAACCUUUAAAGUAAUCAUGAGUUGAUUCAAAUCCUUUCUAUUAGAAAUAGAAAUUUCUUCCUGUGACUCGACGAUAAACAUCAUGCAUUGUGAUACUUGUAAGAUUAUAAUAAUUAAAUUAUUGUGUGGAUUUCAA